GUCGCUGAAAGGGCAGUCGGGGAGGGCGUGCGGUGUUGGGAUCAGUGGGAUAGCAGCGGCGGUCGGGGCGCUGGAAAGCACUGGAUUUCCUUUCGCUUUUGUGCUGGGCUGGUGUUGGACGGAUUGGCUAGCACUGGUGGAUCGAACGAUCCCGAUCGCUGGCUCGGUCGUCACUCUUGCUUGAUUUGAGAUUUGAGUGUGCCUGGGGCUCUCCGGCCCACCUCUGGCCGCCAGCAUGGCCAUCUUUGAUAAUUUGAAGCGUUUCGACGCUUAUCCCAAGACACUGGAUGACUUUCGCGUCAAGACCUUUAGUGGUGCCGCCGUCUCCAUCAUUGCCAUUAUCAUCAUGGUGAUUCUCUUCAGCUCCGAGCUCGUCUACUUCCUAUCCACUGACGUGCACGAGGAGCUCUUCGUGGACACGGCUCGCAACGAGAAACUGCGCAUCAAUCUGGACAUUACCUUUCCCAAGAUGCCCUGCGUCUACCUCAGCCUGGAUGUCAUGGACAUUUCAGGUGAAAACGAGCAAAACAUUGACCACGACGUGUUUCGCCAACGACUGGACGCUUCGGGUAAUAAGAUUUACAACGGCCAGGAGGAAAUUGAUGAGUUGGGCGAGAGUCACGCUGACAACGUCGCGGAUAAGGCGCUGGACGGGUUGAAGGACUUGGAUCCGAACCGCUGCGAGAGUUGCUACGGUGCAGAGGACACCGAGGGUCAAUGCUGCAAUACCUGCGCUCAGGUCCAGGAAGCCUAUCGCAAGAAGGGUUGGGCCUUCCGUUCCGGCCAGGGUAUCGCACAGUGUGAGCGCGAAGGCUACGAUGCCAUGAUGGAGGCACAGGAACGAGAGGGCUGUCAGCUGUAUGGCCACCUGGAGGUGAACAAGGUGGCUGGCAACUUUCACAUUGCCCCGGGCCGCAGCUUUGAGCAGCACAACAUGCAUAUCCACGACAUGCAAUCCUUUGGUCGCGAAAAACUGGCCAAGUUCAACCUCACCCACGUCAUUAACCACUUGAGCUUUGGCAUCGACUAUCCGGACCGCGUCAACUCACUCGACGGUCAUGUUGAAGUUCCUAAUGAAUAUGGCGCGAUCAUGUAUCAGUACUUUUUGAAGGUUGUUCCAACCCGCUACCGUUUCCUGUCUCAAACCGAGAUUGAUACCAAUCAGUACUCGGUCACCAUGCACCAGCGUGAGAUUCGUCCAGAUCAGGGCACCUCAGGCCUCCCUGGCCUUUUCUUCAUGUAUGACAUUAGUCCCAUGAAGAUCCAGCUCACGCAGUCCAGCCGCUCUUUCUUCCACUUUUUGACGGGCCUGUGCGCCAUCAUUGGCGGUGUUUACACGGUGGCGGGCAUGAUCGAUGGCUUCCUCUACCAUGGCAUCCGAACGCUCAAGGCCAAGCAGAACAUGGGCAAGCUGGGCUAAAACUGUCGCUGCUAGAGAGAAAGGUGUUGGCACCACAACACCCACCAGGCAUCAACAAGCCCCAAUUGAAAAAGUCAGACCAAGCAUGCCAUGGCUUGCCGCG